AUGUCGUGGGAUCUGAUCGAUGUAGUGCCCAGUGUUGUCCUGGGCUUCUGCUGUCUCGUGGGCAUCCCCGGGAACAUCGUUGUGAUGGUGGUGAUCUGUCGGAAGUACGAGCCGGGCAACUUCUCCCUGCUGCUGAUGAUGAGCCUGGCGGUGUCUGACCUCCUGUCCCUCCUCUUCCUCCCCGCACAGAUCUACAACCUGAUGGCCGGCUGGAAACUGGGCGACGUCGCCUGCCGGCUGAUCUUCUUCAUCAUCUAUUUGGGCAUGCACGCCAGCGUGUUCAACGUGACCUUGCUCAGCGUCCAGCGCUACCUCCAGGUGCUGCACAACCAGUGCUGGACUAGGCUGCAGGCGUCCGGAAAGUGGGCUCUGUUCGGGGCCAUCUGGGCCUUGGCCAUAUGCAUAUCUUCACCGAACCUCUCGAUCAGGACCCUGAAGGACUCGAGCUGCACGGUCAGUUACAAGAACGACGUCGAGGAGGCAGUGAUUCUAUUAUGCCAGACCAUGCUUGGAUUUGUGUUUCCGUUCGUAACGCUAGUGUGCUUUUACUUCUGUCUCCAUAAGCGCGUGAACCAAAUGCUGUUUCUCCGGACUCGGCGAACGACGCGGCUGGUGACCAACAUAGUCGUGUCGUUCGGCGUUUUCUGGGUCCCGCUGCACUUCUUUAACCUGCUGGCGCUUACCGCACUGGCAGCUCAGUCGGACGAUCUGAUGGAGAUAUGUAUCCAGGGCUGGAAAGUUCUCACAGCUUUCACUUUCAUCAAUGCCUGUCUCAACCCUUUUCUCUAUGCGUUCGCACACACUCAACUGAAAACAACGGCGUGUCAACAACAGCAGACGACACAACUGUCCAUACCCAUGCCUACUCAAUUACCUACUCCGUUACCUCGCUGA